AUCUUCGACAUCCUCAGUCAAACUCGAGCUAUUCACCGCUGCCCUGGUACCUACCUUACUCAACCAGGACCAUCGUGUGGCUGGUAUAUGCGACUACACCGGUUGGUUGGCUCAAAUGGUCAUUGGGAGGAAGGCGUUCAACCAACAAUACGGCGACACCCCCUCCCAAACCCAUCAAACCGCCAACACCAGCACAACCAAAACCGUACCAGACUGUCUGGGCAAACAGACCCAGGGUGGAAUGCCAGCAGUAAGCAGUCGGCUUUGGCAACACAACAGCAGCCGAGUUUGGCAAGGCAGCGAAGCGAGGAAACCGAACGCAGCGGUCGCAGCAAGAGAACAUCUCGAUAACGGGACUUUUCAGGGCCAACUCGCAAAGGCGAGGCGCGCAGACAAGUUCAAAGGCUUCAACAACGAGGAGGGUCACGAAGUUAGAGACAUCUGGGGAUUCAACGAGGGCAUUGAAUUCUGGGAUGCCAUGGAUUUCAAAAUACGCACAAUUCGUGGCCCUGAGAUACAUUGCGACGAUGGAGUGACAAUGGAGCAAAUCCCACCAGAGACACAGAUCAGACCUGAGUGGUGAACAGGACGGCAACACAGGCGGACAUACAGUUGUAACCUUUGCGUUCUAUGCAAUGUCUUGGGCUCGCCUCGCCCUUGAGUCUGACCUUACCUUGCCGCUCUUGGGGGUCCCAAGGUUCAUGGCCAAAGAGCGUGCCAAGGACGACUAGG